AUGAAGUUCAUGGAAUUAGGGUUUCGACCUGACACAUUCUACACUGUGGAAGCAGUAAGGUCUGUGUCUUCUGAUUUACUGAAUGAUCUUGUAAUCCAAGUCAAAUCCACCAAAUACCUUCUUCACAAGUUUCCGAUGUUAUCAAAAUGCCUGCGUUUAAAGAACUUAGUCUCUUCACAAUCACAAGAAACCGAAACCUCACAAGAACACCAAGUGAUUCAGCUUGUUGAUUUUCCCGGCGAAACAGAAGCUUUUGAGCUCUGUGCUAAGUUCUGUUACGGCAUCACAAUCACUCUCUGCGCUCACAACGUAGUCGCCGUACGAUGCGCAGCAGAGUAUCUCGGGAUGACGGAAGAAGUCGAGCCAGGCGAGACAGAAAAUCUUGUCCAAAGACUCGAACUUUUCUUGACUACUUGUGUCUUCAAGAGCUGGAGAGACUCUCUUGUUACUCUUCAGACCACAAAGGUCUUACCUUUAUGGUCUGAAGAUCUUGGUAUCACAAACCGAUGCAUCGACGCGAUCGCCAACGGCGUAACUCUAUCCCCCGGUGAGGAUUUUUCGACCCAAUUGGAAACCGGUUUGUUGAGAAACCGGUCAAGGAGAAGAAGAGAUGAAAGCUUGUGUAAUGGAGUAAGCAAAGCAGAGAAUGCAAGGUGGUGGGGUGAAGAUUUAGCUGAUUUGGGUUUAGAUCUGUACCGGAGAACAAUGUUGGCGAUUAAAUCAUCAAACCGGAACAUAUCUCCGAGAUUAAUCGGGAAUGCUCUUAGGAUCUAUGCAUCUAAAUGGCUACUGAGCAUCGAUGAAAGCUCUCCUGAUUCGAACCUGGUUUUGGAAUUGGUUAUUUCCCUUCUACCAACGGAAAGAUCCUCUGUUCCUUGCAGUUUCUUGCUUCAGCUACUGAAAAUGGCGAAUGUUAUGAACGUUUCGCCUUCUUCGAAGAUGGAACUGGCGAUAAAAGCCGGGAACCAGCUGGAUAAGGCAACGGUUAGCGAGCUGUUAAUACCGUUAUCGAGUAAGUCAGGUAUGUUAUACGAUGUGGAUGUUGUGACGACGAUGGUGAAGCAGUUUCUAUCUCAGAUCAGUCCAACAAGAACAAGAACUCAACAUAGAAGGUCUCUUUCUGAAGAGAACAUGGAAGAGAUUCAAGAGAUUAGACGAUCUCUGUCUUCUUCUUCUCCUCCAUUGUUGGCUAAAGUAGCAAAGCUUGUCGAUUCGUAUCUUCAAGAGAUUGCUAUAGAUGUGAACUUAACGGUGUCCAAGUUUGUUGAAUUGGCUGAAUCGAUACCGGAUGUUUCAAGGAUCAGUCACGACGAUUUAUACAAAGCGAUUGACAUCUAUCUCCAGAAUCAUCAGGAGAUUGAAAAGAGUGAGAGAAAGAGGUUAUGCAGAAUCUUGGACUGCAAGAAACUAUCAAUAGAGGCAAGCAAGAACGCUGCACAGAACCAGCUGCUUCCAUUGAGAGUGAUCGUGCAAAUCCUCUUCGUCGAGCAAGCACGAGCUACGAUAGCUACAACGACAAACAAUAUCUCCAAGAACGAAACACCGAUUUUGAGAAGAAGCUUCACAACGAGAAGAGAAGAUGAAGAAGAAGAAGAAGAAAGAGUCGAAAUCAAACAAACCGGAGGGUUUCAGAGCACUCCUUCAAGGUUUAUGGCGUUGUGUGCGAUGCCGAGGCAACCUAAAAAGAUGCUAUGCAAGUUGUUGUCGAUCAGUAGGAGUUUAAGCCAACGGAUUUAA